GGUGUUGUUAUCCAUGGAUAUGAGAAGAACGUUCACAGGUCUUCUUACUGUGGCCACGAAGAGCUUUCUAAUUCUCAAGUACAUAACCCGAUUCCUCUUAUGGAACCAGCAGGUGGUACUCUCACCGUAACCUCAAGCGAAAGAACUGCAUUUGUUCUUCAACCAGUUUCACCC